CACAGCAGCCCUUUGUUGAGAGUUCACAUUAAGUUUGGUGAAAAGAUCCCUCAAAGAAGACAAAGUGCCAUUCAGGUCACAAAAUCAAAAAAUUGAGUGAAGACAACUAUUGUAAGAAAUUUGUGUCAAUGACCUCCAGGAAAAGGAGACCUGAUGAAGACAUCGGCGCUCUGUCUGGUUUAAAACAGAAGUUUCCUAAAGUAAUAAAAACUUUCUCUCAUGAGGACCUCCACAAGAUCACCGAGUUCUACAAGCCCAACCUGACUUAUGUGAUUGAAUACGACAUCACGAGUAUCCUGCAGAACCUGGCCACCAAGAACAUCCUCACCAACGAUGAGGCCAAGAGAUUCAAAGACAAAGAAAAGUCUGAAGGGCGAGCAGGUGUGGAGUCCUUCAUCAGUGACAUAAUGAAGAUGGACAGUGCAGUACUGGUGAGCCUGUGGGAGGCACUGGCUGAAGAACUUUUGAGAUUUCCAUCACCAAACCUGACAAGAAUACUGGAGGAGGUGACAGAGCGGGGACCAGACCUCUUGAAAGACAUUCAGGCCAGUCUCCAUCCUGCUCCCAUUGACACUUGUAUUAAAGGCCUCCGUGACACACACAGAGGUGGUGUGUCUGAAUCUACAAGAAGUCUGGAGGAUCAGGCUUCUCCUGGAGAUCCACACACCAGAGCUGUGGGCUUUGAGACUCGAUACACAGAGCUGAUGGUCAUCAAACAGUACAAAAGAACCUACAGUGAGAGGCACCAUGAACUUGUGAAGAUGGGAAAGACUCAUGCAAAGCUAAUAGAGGAGCGGACAAAAGAGAAAUGUGAGCGAAUCUGGACAGAGCAGCUUUUUAGGAGGAGUCCUGGAAUUGAGACUGCCCCUCACAUAAUAGUGGUCAGUGGGGUGGCUGGAAUUGGGAAGACCACCAUGGUGCAGAAGAUCAUGUUUGACUGGGCCAGAGGCACUCAGUACCAGAGGUUUGCCUUUGUGUUCCUGUUCAAAUUCAGGGAGCUCAACCUACUAGACACAGAGACAGAGCCACAGAUGCCUCUGACCAGGCUGAUUGUAAGGCAGUAUAAAUAUCUUGAUGACUCAAAGUUGAGAGAAAUCCUUAAGAAACCUGAAUCUCUCCUCUUUAUAUUUGAUGGACUGGAUGAAUACAAACACAGACUGGACUUCACACAGAGGAAGCACCCCUUAAACCCAGAGAAGGACUACUUACCUCUCCACAUUUUGGUCUCCAGCCUGGUCAGAAGGACAUUACUGAAGGGCUGCACAGUCCUGAUAACAACCAGACCAACAGCCCUGGAGAACCUGGAUUUGGAGAGAGUUGAUCGAUUUGCAGAGAUUUUGGGGUUCUUCCCUGAACAAAGGUUGAUGUACUUUAAGAAGUUCUUUGGUGAUGCUGAUCAGGGUUCUGAGGCUUUUCAGUAUGUGGAGGAGAACGCCAUCCUGUACACCAUGUGCUUCAACCCCUCGUACUGCUGGAUUAUCUGCUCUGUGCUGAAGAGCCACUUCAUGACACCUGAAGAAGAGCGAGGAUCUGCCCCCAGAACUGUCACUGAGCUCUUUGUGAUGUUCCUUCACAACAUCCUCACCAAUCACAAGCGAGAAGCCAAUGACCAGCGAGAGAUUCUGGUCAAACUAGGAAAGAUGGCUUAUUAUGGAGUGGUGAACAGAACUCUUGUGUUUUAUGACAAGUUUGAGAUGUCCACCUAUGGUCUCCAGUCAGUCCUGUGUGCCCCUUUCCUCUCUGGGUUCCUAAAAGAAAUCCUUCAGAGAGAAAGCACUCUGGAGCACACGACGUACACAUUCUAUCACCUCACCCUGCAGGAGUUCAUGGCUGCCUUAUCAUUUUACCUCAAUCCAUCAGGGGGCAUUGAGGAUCUGCUUGAGAAGUUGGAGUCAUGUGAAGAUGGCCACUUUGAGAUUCUCACUCGAUUUUUAGCAGGACUGGCCAGACCUUCUGUGUUUAAAACACUGGGGGGAGUCAUGGGAGAGUUUGAGAGGAAGACAGCAAAGCAGAUACUGGAGUGGGUGAAGCAGAAGGUUGAACUGGCCCUAUGGGUUGAAGAUAAAAGUAAUGUUUUGCGAGUGUGUCAGUGGCUCUAUGAGACUCAGAAUAAGAAAUUAAUCAGAGACGCCAUUGGAAAAGAUUUGAAGAUGAUGUUUAGUGAUUUGACUUUAUCUCCUUUGGACUGUGCUGUGCUUGGCUCUGUCAUCAGCUGCUGUGGAGAACUUGAAGAGCUCAACCUGUCAGACACAAACCUCACCCCAGAGUGCAUCAGGAGACUGGCGCCGGGGCUCAUCUGCUGCAGAUGUGUCAGGAUGACCUCAUGUGAUCUCACCUCUGACUGUUGUUCAGCUCUCUACUCCGCUCUCUCUGCUCCUCGGUCACGUCUUACUGAGCUGGACCUGAGUAACAAUGACCUGGAGGAUUCAGGAGUGAUUGAGCUGUGUAAGGGGAUGAGGAGUGAAAACUGCAAAUUAGAGAAACUGAGGUUAUCUGAUUGUCAUCUCACCUCCAGAUGUUGCUCAGUUCUCACCUCUGCUCUUUGUUCUCCACACUCACGACUGACUGAACUCAACCUGAGCGACAACAACCUGGAGGAUUCAGGAGUGGAUCAGCUGUGUGAGGGGCUAAAGAGUGAAAACUGCAAAUUAGAGACACUGAGGUGAGUCAACAAGAAUGUCAGCUCUGAAGGACUAUGAAUCAAAGCCUGCCUGACACUGCUCGUUUUUGUUGUUGUACAGCAGAGGUCACGAACAGGCAGCAGAAGAUGUCUCAUACGAACCCAGACUUACAGCCAAAACAGAAGGUUAUGAUUUAAAACCUGAUGGGGCGCUUCUGUUUUAACCAGCGCAGCUUUUGUAGUCUUUACGGUAAUGUUUUGUGGAUGAAGAAAUGCACAGACCAAUUGUAUGUGCGUUAAGCCAUUUCACGUGAUACCACUCAGCCAAUCAAGUCUGUGGAUUCUAGGUUGUGACCAUUGCUUUACUUUACAGCGCAGACAGAUGAGAGAGUUAGAGGCAAGGAAGAGAGACGGUAGAAAGAAAAAGAAAGAUAGCGAUACAUGUAGAAAAAACAAUGGGAAAAAUAAUCCGAAGAAAGUGAGAGAUACAGACGACUGCACUGGAAAAAGAAAAGAUGGGGGAGACGGAGAAAGUGACAGAAAAAUAAGGAACAAAUGGCGCUCUCCAAAAAAAGGAAAGUGGACAGCGAAAAUUGGGCAUUUAAUCCAGAAUGGACAAACUCCUUUCUGUUCAUACUUCCCACUGGGAGCACUAAACCAGUGUGUCUCAUAUGUUCAGAAACCGUGGCACUUGUUAAAAGUGCCAAUGUGAAACGACAUUAUGAGAUGAAACAUGAAGGUUUCGAACAAACAUACCCACUGAAAUCCGAAGUGAGAUCACAGAAAAUAAUUAGUCUCAGAGCCCAAUAUGAGCAGUCCACUAGUCAUUAAUUGUUAAGAUGUGUUGAGAUUUAUUAUCUGUAAAAUUGGUUGAGACUGUUGAGUCAAGAUGUGAAACAGAAAAGGGGAAAUUCAAACUUUUUCUCCAUUUAUUUUAUUUUUCUGAAGUUAAGCACUUUAUUU